AUGCCAUUAGCCGGUACAAAGAUCAACAAAUGGUCCGCAGAAGAAGUGGCUCUCCUCAAGCGUCUGCGAGACCAGUAUCCAGACUUGACUCCUUACAAGCUUUCUAAAAAAUUCUACACCCACUUUCCCGGCCGAAGCAGGCAUUCUGUCACCAGCAAGCUCUUCUACAUGUCUCAUACUAUGGAUAGGGGAGCCAGUCACCGACACCCAGCUCCUGUCGCUCCAGGUUGCGGCUGUGUUGGCACUAACGAUACAAUAUCUGUAUGGAUGCUAAGAAUUCGUUUGAUCCGUGUUGGUUUGGCUUUCCCACUGACCUUUAUCCUUGCCAAGACUGGAAUAAACGCACAUCAGUUCCAGCAGCACCGGGGAGGAGAUUUCUCUGCUAGAGCCGUACUGCCGCACGCAACCGAAGACCGACUCCUACCUCCUUUCCCACCGAACCGUGACUCCAUCUUAUCUACUGCUGCCGAGCCACCACAUUGCCCAGAAGCAGACCGGUCGACUUCCCCACCAUCCUCGUUGGUUGAGGAUAGGCUCAUGGAUCGUUCCGAGCCGGGGAAUCUGGGCCAGGGUCGGCUCACAACUCGAAUUUCAUCGCCACGGGCAUCUCCGAACGGACCUCACUUAGCCCACGCCCAUAAUCUGGCCGAAGAAAGUCCCCGCAGGCCCUUUCCACAAGGAACGCGAGCAUAUUCCAGUGGGACCGGCUCGGAUGCGCUCAAGGACAACCUCACCGGAGGGGUGGAUGGAAAGCUAGACCAUCCUGAGGGACAGCAGAUCGGUGCUCCAGACCGAGAGGGUUCGAAUCUCUAUUCUCUGGCAGAUGGAAUCAAGCAUGCAAAGACAAGAUUUGGGGAGUGCAUGAAGUCAGCAGAGAAGUUGGCGGAGGAGACCGCUAGAUCUGAAUUGGCUCUUGAGCAGUCUGGUACGCUUAUGAACUGGACGUGGCAGGGGUAG